AUGCCGUCAGAUCGUGUGCGAUCUGUAAAUGGGAUGCUUACUAACGGGAGUGCUAGUAACGGGAAAGCAGGCAACGGCGCUCGCAGUAACAGCACAGAGCCUGUGGCGAUUCCCAGACGAACCCUCAAGAUCAAACCGCUUCAUCAGCUGACGAAACCGGUCCUGCAACCCGACCGUGCUGCUGCUGCUGGUGGUGGUGCUGCUGCCAGUGGUGCAGGUGCUGGUGAGGAGGGGAAUGAAAGCGACGAGAAAAGAAAGGGACCCGGAGGUUCGUCCGCGUUAGUGUCGCCUCCGCUGCCGUCCAUUGACUCGUUCGCACACACUCGCCGCCUGCAGAGCCUGUCGAGCUUCAAGCCGCGGUCUCGCCUGCUUGGCCGGCAGUCUCAAGGGGGAGAGGUAGGGGAAAAGGGAGGCGCUACUGCUGUCGGUGCUGCUGCUGGUGUUGCUGGUCCUGCUGGCGCUACUGCUGGUGGUGGUGCCUCUGCUGCUGGCAGUGCUGGUAACCCGUCAGGUAAGAGCAUUGUGUCGUUCUCUAGCCGAGCGUCCCAGCUGCAGCAGCGGCAGCAGCCGCUUGUAAUGGGGCCCUUCCGUGUUCCCAGGCGGCUGAACGCGAACGCAGCUGAGUUAAGCGCUCGUGAGGAUACGUCGUGCACUACUGCUGCUACUGGAGCGUCCAAUAACGGGGACAGAGCGCGGACAGGGCCCCUGGGCGGCAGGGUAGCGGGCGAUGGGGAAGGUGUAGCUAGAGACGGGUUUCGCAGGCUGCAGAAAGGUGGGCGGGGAGGUUUGGCCGGUAGUGCGACCGCCGCCGCCCCUGGAGUGGAUCAGAUGAGGAGUGAUCAGGUAGAGGAUGAGAUAGAGGGGUUUAGUGUUGGGGAAAGUGAGGGGAGAAGAGAGGGAGAGGGUUUUGGGCGUGCAGGGAUGUUGACAGAGUCGUCCCGUGGAGGAGGAACGGAGGUGGGAAGAGACGGUGAUGGGGGAAUGCAGGGGAAGAGGAAGAGGCGAAAGAUCGUUCUGUGUAGUGAUGGCAGUGAUGGGGAUUAUGAAGAGGAGGAGGAGGAAGAGGGAGGGGAGGAGUGGGGAGAGGAGAAGAAGAUUUCACCUUUCAAACGAGCGGAUGAUGCAGCCACUGUGAACGCGAGGAGGUUCUUUGGAGUGCGGCAGCCCCAGGGCGGUCCCAUCCAUGGGGGUCCGAAGAUCGCCCCUGGGCAGACGGGUGCGCAGAUGCCCCCCAGCAGCAGCGCGGCUGUGCAGAGGGCGGAGAGGGAUGAGCUGCGCGCGCGCCUGCUGGCGCUGCACGCCCCCAGCAAGGGCUGGCGCUCCGCUAGGGACCCAGGGGCGGUUGAGGAGAAGGGGACGGGGACGGGGACGGGGACGGGGACGGGGAAGGGGAAGGGGAUCGCUGCAGCACUGAAGCAGAAGCUGCUGCUGUCUGCUGGGCGAAAGCAGGGGGAAAAAGGGGAGAUGGGGGGGUUGGGGGAGAAGGGGAAGCGGGGGUUGGAAGGGGGUUAUGCGGAGACGGAUGAGUCGGCGGCGAGGCUGAUAUCGCAGGACGAUGUGUCGGCGGCGUGUGGGGAGAGCGUGCAGCUGAAGGGGUACCAGCUGGUGGGAGUCAACUUCCUGCUGCUGCUGUACCGACAGAAGGUUGGAGGAGCUACUGCCUCGCUCCUCGACAACUGGCAGCGUGAGCUGCAGCGCUGGUGCCCGAACCUGCGCAUGGUUCUGUACCAUGGGGCGGUGGUGCUGCUGGGGCUGCUCGGUCACCUGGACAACAACCCUGGACCCCAUUUAGUCGUAGCCCCAGCCUCCCUCCUUGACAACUGGCAGCGCGAGCUGCAGCUCUGGUGCCCGCAGCUAAGGGUGGUGCUGUACCAUGGCGGGCAGAGGACAGCGCUGCGGGAGCUCUAUGGUGGGAAGGGGAAGAAAGGGAAGAAGGGGAAGAAGGAGAGGCGGCGAGAGAGGCGGAAGAAGGCAGAAGGAGGGGGAGAGGGUAGUGGAGGGGAGGGGGAGGAGGAGGAGGAGGAGGAAGGGGGGAAGAUGGGAUUUGAUGUGUUGCUGACGUGCUACUCGCUGUUUGAGAGGGAUAGUGCCGCCCAGAGGGACGACCGGAAGUUUCUGCGCAGGUUCCGGUUCUCGUGUGUUUUGAUGGACGAGGCGCACUUGCUCAAGGACAGGAGCAGCCAGCGGGCCAUGAAACUGCGACAGCUGGCACAGGCUGCGGAUUACCGGCUCAUGUUGACCGGCACGCCCCUGCAGAACGACCUUCAGGAGCUCUGGUCGCUACUGGAAUUCUUCAUGCCAGCCAUAUUCACCGCCCACCAGUGCGACAUAGCAGAGCACCUGGGCAAGCGGGACCACCAGGCGUACAGGGUGAUAACUACUUCAUUCCACCCCAGGGUUCACUUCUUGCGUGUUUCUUGCUGCCCUGCCCUUCCCCUUCACCCCUCCCAGGAGCUCUGGUCGCUGCUAGAGUUCCUCAUGCCGGCCAUAUUCACGGCCCAUCAGUGCGACAUAGCAGAGUAUCUGGGCAAGAGGGACCAGCCGUCCCAGAAGGGGGGAGGAGGGGGAGGGCCAGCAGAUGAGGGGCUGAUAGGGCGCAUGAAGGCCAUUCUGGGGCCGUUUGUUCUAAGGAGAGUCAAGGCGGACGUUAUGAAGCAGCUGGUGGCGAAGGUCCAGAAGGUCGAGCUACUGCCUAUGGAGGGCGAGCAGGCAACAGCAUACAAUGAGGCUGUGGAGCAGUACAGAAGGGCAGUGGCGGCAAGAGCGGGAGGGGGAGAUAGAGAGGGGAAGUCGAAAGAAGAGGGAGAGGGGGGAGGGGAAGGGGAGGGCGGCACGGCUGCUGUGGCAGCGGCGGUGGAUGCGAUGCCGAGGAGACAGCUGGCGAGCAUCUUCACCCACCUGAGGAAGCUCGCCAACAACCCUCUCUUGGUGCGCCGCCUGUUCUCCGACGAAGCAGUGGAUGAGAUGUCAGCUCUCGCCAACCACCCUCUCUUGGUGCGCCGCCUCUUCUCCGACGCAGCAGUGGACGAGAUGGCGGUUGUGCUGCAUGGGAGGGGCGUUUUUGGCGGGGAGUGCACGUGGCAGCGCGUGGAGGAGGAGCUACGAGGCUACAGCGACUUCACGCUCAACCAGCUGUGUGCCGCCCACAGCGACGCACUCUCGCACUUCCUGCUCUCACGGGAACAAUUCUUCCACUCCUGCAAGUGCCAGGUGGGUGUGGGGAAGGAUAUUGUUGCAUGGAAGGAAAAGGUGGGUUUGGGGGAGGAGCUGAGGGGCUACAGCGACUUCCCGCUCAACCAGCUGUGUGCCGCCCACAGCGACGCACUCUCGCACUUCCUGCUCUCACGGGAUCAGUUCUUCCACUCCUGCAAGUGCCAGGUGGGUGUGGUGGGGAUGCCAGGACUCCCUCUCACGCUUCCUGCCCUACCGGGAUCACUUCUUUCACUCGUGCAAGUGCCAGAUGGGGCUGCUUUGAGUGAGAGGGCAGUGGCUAACUGCACGCAGGUGGUACAGAGGCAAGCCCUGGUGGAUGAGUUCAAUCGGGACCCCUCGGUGUUUGCGAUGCUGCUUUCCACCCGGGCAGGCGGGCAAGGUUUGAACCUGACCGGGGCAGACACGGUGAUUCUGCACGACGUGGAUUUUAACCCCCAGAUGGACCGGCAGGCGGAGGACAGGUGCCACCGGAUAGGCCAGACUCGACCUGUAACUGUCGUGCGGCUUGUGGCACGUGCCACAGUUGAUGAGGGCAUUUUGAAUAUUGCCCAGCGGAAGCUCAGCUUGGAUGCUGCUUUGCUAAGCGGUGGUGGUGAAGGGGGAAGUUCGAACGGGAAGGGGUCUGAUAAGGGAAAAGGAGGCUCAGAGGAAGCUCAGAGCAUGGCUGCUAUUUUGUCAUCAAUUCUUGCUUCGAAGUCCUGA